AUGGCUGAUGGAGUACCAUGGUUCGCUGGAAAUAUGUGGAGCAACCAAGGCAGUCAAUGGAAUGGAGGCGCUAAUAUGUGGGUUCCACCAGGAAACGGGAUGUUUGGUAAAGAGGAGCUAGGUGUUGAGUUGCUGGUAUUUUUGGAUGACAGUAUUUAUCAUGGGAUGAAAGACGAGAUGCUGGCCAUGGGUCAACCUGUUCCAGAUUCUGUCAUAUUUAAUUUACUGAAACAACGCUACGCCAUCAUAGUCCAAGGGAUGGAUCUUCGAUAUGGAGAUAUAGCAGCUACUGAUUACUCUAUAAAAGUUCGACUAAAGGGUGUAAUGAUAUGUACGAAACCCCAAGCUUCGUUUUGGACAUCAGCUCGAGCCUCCAAACAACUGGGAAAAGAACGUGGUGUCGUGGACGUUGAUGAUGCAUUAGAUGAUUUUCGUGAUUACCUCAAGCAGUUUGGACACGCUUUUCCGGAAUAUGACCAUGCUAUGACGUUUACUGGAUUUGAUAUAGCUUCUGAAGGCAAGACGUCCACCAUCGGUGUAGCGUUCUUCGAAGGAAUUUGUUCUGACUUAUCAGUGUCUAUAAUAGAAGACCAUGGAAACACAGUUACUACCAUUGAGACAGCUACACAUGAGCUGGGACACAGUCUUGGUUCUGAACAUGAUGGUACCGGAAACUUGUGCCAGAGUGACCUACAAUAUAUAAUGGCCUACUAUGUUGGAACUAGGUCAGAACAGAUAGAGACAAAUCCCUGGAAGUUCUCAGAUUGUUCCAUCACAUACUUCCGGCUAUUUAAAGAGACACUGAAAAGGAAAAACAGGAAUUGCUUGUUUGACCCCGCCACUACCGGUAAUCUCUUUGAGUGGACAGUUUUUACAAGACAACAAGCCCUACAAAAAUACACUCCUGAUAUACAGUGUAAGAUAUUCCAAGGUGGAAUGUCAUACCAUUGCAAGGGAAUGGUACCGGAUGAUAAAAUAUGUAAUAAGUUAUACUGCUAUAUUGUUAAAACUGGACAGUGUAAACCAAUACAGGCAAUGGAAGGCACACCAUGUGGUUUCAAACAGUGGUGUUUACGCGGAGAAUGUAAAAUGGAUACCAGCGCACCACCUUAUAUGUGA